UUUUCUCUGCAAAGACACGUAACUACUGGACAAACCCCAUCCAAAGCCCCGGCGCGCUUGAGGCCGCCGCCGCCGCGAGAGAUGUCGCUCUGCUGCUGCAGCGCCGCCACCGGCCGCGGUGUGCUCCUCCCUAGCCUCCUCCUCGGCAGGCGCCACCGGCUGCGUCACCCCCUCGUCAACCUCCGGACCAUCGCGACCUUCGCCUCCUCCUCCUCUGCCGCCGCCACCACCUCCUCUCUCUCGCCGCCGCAGCAGCGCCAGGUCACCAUCUACGUGGACACUCUCCUUGAAUGGAACCAGAGGAUGAACCUCACCGCCGUCACCGACGAGGCCGAGGUUAUGACGCGCCACGUGGCGGACUCCCUCGCCAUGCUGCCCCCACUGGAGCGCGCGUACCGCGGCCGUUCCACCUCCGCUGGUGGCUCUAUCGACGGGGUUAGCCUUAUCGACGUUGGCUCCGGCGCCGGGCUCCCGGGCCUGAUCCUUGCCGUUGCGCGGCCGAGCUGGAAAUUUACACUGUUGGAGUCGAUGCGGAAGCGAUGCACGUUCUUGGAGCAUGCCGUUGAAGCCAUGGAAUUGUCAAAUGUGAACGUGGUGUGUGACCGAGCUGAGAAAGUUGGCCAAAGUUUUGAUUUCAGAGAAAGAUAUGAUAUAGUAGCUGCAAGAGCCGUUGCUGAACUGAAAGUUCUUGCGGAGUAUUGCAUCCCAUUGGUUCGCAUUGGUGGUUUGUUUAUAGCUGCAAAAGGACAUGAUCCCCAUGAAGAAGUAAGAAAUGCAGAAGGUGCAGUACGGAAAUUGGGUGGUUCCAUGCUUGAGUUAUGUGAUGUUGAAUCAAUGGGACCUCAUGGUCAACGAACAGCUGUUAUAUACGUCAAAGAACAUGCCACUCCAAAAAAAUACCCACGCCUCCCAGGUACUCCUUCUAAGAUGCCAUUAUGAGAAGCGUGUUAUUGUUGCUGUAGACUUUUUCCAUCAAUUAAAGACCAUAAUUGUGGUUGACCUAGUUCAUAGGUCAUCUGCUGGAAGAUGUCUUUGUUAAGGAUGGGUGUCUGGACCACCUUGGAAUCCAGUAGCUGUUAACAUUUCUUUGUUCCUAUGUGUUGCUCUCCCGCUUUUUCACUAUGUUUUCUUGGGUUGGUGUUAAGUAACCACUAAACGGAAUGACGCUAAGAAGUUUACUGUUGCUCUUGUUACUGUCAGAACUGGAAAAAUUCCAGUGGUGAAAUAUAUUGGUGAUAAUAUUUGUGUGAUUUGUAUAAUAUAAUGAUAAUUAUACCAA